AUGAGUUCAAAAGAAGAGAAAGCGAAGUCAAGUGAAACAAAAGAUCGCAAGCAUCGCGAUCAUAAGCACCGCGAUAAAUCCGAAAGCAAGGAGAAAUCUAGAUCAAGCAGAAAAGAUAGAUCAGUUUCAUUUGAAAAUGGCGACGGCCCUAACCUUGAUUCCAAAUCCGAAAACGGUGAAGAUAACAUACCAGAAUUUUGUUUCAAUGCAAAGAAAUCCAAAUCAGCAAAUCAAAUUCUCGAAUUAACUGAUACGCCUUUCUCAGUCUCACCUGAAUUUGAUGGCAAAUUCAAGAAAGCUGCUCAAACAAAGAUUGAUCGUUCAUACUGGGAGACAGAACUCUAUCGUUUACAUCCUGAAAUCAGAGAUUUAGUAACUCGUGUCGAUCCAGUCUCAAGAGCAGCAACUAUUGCUAGCUUAUUCCUCCCAUCGAGACGUUUACUUCCUCAGGAAGGCGUCCUUGCAUUAAUUGUUCAACACCUCAAAACUGUCGGAUUGCCAGUUACUGCUGCUGAAAUCGAAAAUAAUCUAAUGUUCAGCAUCGACUACCCUCCUCAUCACCAGAAUUCCCAGCUUGUUCACCACCUUGAACGUGGUAUUAUUUCAGCAGAUGGCUUUUACAACCUUCUCUUGCCAACACCUGGAUAUCCAAACGAUCCGGAUACAGUAAAGAAGCAGCUUGCCACGCACGCUUCUUCGACUCUUGGUGUUAUUGGUAUCAAGAAAUCAGAUGAUACGAAAAUCAUCGACGAUAAAGAUCUCGCAGGCUACGUUUACAAUCCUGAAGAUAAAUUACCAAGGCUUGGCACUACAAACCAGCUCGUUUGGGUUGCUUGCCGCAGAGAUCAAUCAGAACAUCCUUUUGCACCACAACUUAUCGAUAUCUUCGCUAUGACUUAUCAUACAUUCAUGACUUCUCAUCAUAUGUUCAGAAAACUUCAAGAAGCUUUAGAAAAAUUAUUCGACGAAGCAAAAGACAUGAAACCAUCAGAUAGAGAUAAAGCCGAACUUUACUACGUAGCUCUUGUCGAAAAGUGGAUGGAAAAGAGUUUUUACGACUUCGAUUCAAUGUUGAUCCAAAAUUUGAACCAAUGGCUCAACAGUAUCGAAUUCCAGAACAAAGGUGCUAAGAGGAGAUUACUUACAGCAUUCCAAAAGCAAAUUAGUGGCGAAAUGUCCAAGAAACUCCUUGAAUUUGAUAUAGCUUCAGAUAUCAACCUUCCUCGUGGACUUUUCUCCGGACAAUUCGAACUAGUCGAUAUGGACAUGGAUGAACUUGCACGCCAAAUCACAAUGUACGCAGGAAAAUUCUAUUACGCUAUUACUGAGAAAGAAUUACUUGAUUGCGCAUGGAGCAAGCCUCGUAUAAGACAUAGAGCUCCAAAUGUAUGUGCUAUCACAAGCCAUUUCAACUGUUUGAACCAAUGGGUACAACAUGAAAUUUUAUUUGCGGAAACUCUCGAAAAGAGAUUCAAAUUAUGGGAGUUAUUUACACGCCUGGCCCAAAAGUUCUGGGAUAACCAGGAUUAUUUCGAUGGUAUGGCCAUUGCAACAGCAUUUCAAGCAAAUCCAAUUUAUCGUCUCAAGAAUCAUAAGCAACUACUUUCACCAAACGUUAUGGAUCCUAUCGAUAAGAUCAUGAACGACGCCCGAUCCGAAAAGAACUUCGCCGCAUUACAACAACUUCAUAAUGAUGCAUUAAAGAAAGGUUCCGGAACAGUUAUACCUUACGUUGGCGUUUACUUAACACAAUUAACAUUCUUCUACGAUGGUAACAAAGAUUACCAAGACGGUCUUGUCAAUUUCCAAAAAUGCGCUGGUAUUUACACCCUCGUUACAAAGAUUUUGUCGUUCCAGACAAAGGAAUUCACAUACAGCAAGAUCGAUCAGGUACAAAAGAAGCUCGCAGAACUUCCUCUUUGGGAUUCUGCAUUUUUGUCCGAAAGGUCAAUGCAAAUCGAGCCAAAGGAUAUGACACUCGACCAAUUAAAGAAGAUGUACGCCAAAGAAACAGGUGCUUCAACAACUGCUCCUCCACAACAGGCUCCAGCUCCUGCUCCAGAGACUCCGGCACCUGCUCCAGCUGAAACACCUGCAGCUGAGUAA